CCUCCCACCCACCCUUCAACCACCCCUUCCCCACCCCAACUCCACUCUCUCCCGCCAUACACCAUGGCGGUCAUCUCCCUGUAACCCACCCGGUUGCCCCCAUCCACCCACACCUACCCGCCUCCCCCACGCUCUCUCCAAAACCCCCGCACAUCCAUCCAUCCCGUCCACCACCUCAAUUUGAAGCCACUUUCGCAUCUCGCCCUCCAUCACCUACCGAUCAUGACCGUCGUUCCGUCUAACUCGGCUCUUCCGCCGUCCACGUCCUCCUCUGUCACUUUUGACAUCAACACCAAGCCUUGCUCGCACCCGCAGCUCCCGCGUGAGCAGUCCAUCGCCCCGCCGCCGGCCAUCCUCUCAGUCGAAGAGCUCGCCGCCAUCUCGUCGGCGGGCGUCAUCAAGAUCAUCGAUGGCCUCCUCGGCCCGCGUGUCAACUCGGGCGCAGCUUCGCUGGAGGCUAACCUGACCUGGCUGGUCGAACGGACCCAGCUCUCCAUGGGUGCCCUCCUCUCCGCCGCCGUCUACCUCGACCGCUUCCUCGCUAAGCACUCCCGGACCCGCUUCCGUGAGCCCAUGCGCCCGCUGGUCACAUGCCUCGUCCUUGGCAUGAAGUAUGCUGAGGACGCUGUGUACUCGAACGCAACCUGGGCCAACCUGCUCGGCAUCCCGCUCGCAAAGCUCAACAAGUGCGAGGUCGAGUUCCUCGGCUACCUCGAGUUUGACCUCUACAUCGCCGAUCAGGUCUUUGCCUCCAUGGCUGCCCGUGCAUGCAAGGCCCUCGCCGCCGCCGAUGCCGACCUCGCCGCCGACGUGGCCCUCACCACUCCGGAUGGUGCGCCAUCGUCGUCGCACGCUCCGGCGGCCAACCCGGUCCCGGCGGCCAGCCCGGCUCCCACCGCCAGCCUGUCCCCGGCGACCAACACCAACGCGGAUCCGGCUCCGGCCCCGGCUGCCGACAAGGUCAGUCCCGGCUCGUCUCCCGCUGCCGCCGCAGAGCCGCGCCGCUCCUUCCUCCGCCGCCUCGUUGGCUCGAUCAAGUCGUCGCUCCGCUCGGACUGAUCGCCGGCUGGCAUCUCGCUCGCCCCCCCCCUUCCCAAGUCGACUCUUAGACCGCCCGUCGUCGCAGCCGCUUCUCGGUUGUGUCCGGUCGGCACGAAGUGGACUUUUUUUGGAUUGAUCCUGUGCCCGAUUCUUCCCCCACCCUCCCUUUACCCUCUUUCACACACACAGACACACGCACACACCUGCACGCCCGCCUUCUGCGCUCUGUUGGCAAAUCCGUGCUCGUUGCCGGCGUCUUGACGCCGCAAUCACGUCCCGAUUGGGGUCGCCUUGGCUUUGAGCUCCAUCAAUGAACA